UUGCAGGACGUAGUUGUGUGCCAAAAAGCCUUUUUAGCAAUACAUGGCAUAACAUCAGGAAGACUUCAACAUCUGCGUCAAAACCUCGUUCUAACAGGCGAUGCACCGAUAGACAAGAGAGGGAAACACCAAAACCGGCCUAAGAAAAUUUCGGAUAUGACUACGAACACCGUUUGCCAAUUCAUUGGGUCUUUGAAAGGUCGAAAGUCACAUUAUUCUUUAAAGGACAGCCAAAAAAUUUACUUGCCGGAGGACUUGAACAUUAAGAAACUGCACAGAUUAUACUUGGAAAAACAUGCUGAGUAUACACUGUCCUACGAAUCAUUCCGCCAAAUUUUUGAGAAUAAAUUCAACAUUAGUUUUGGAUAUCCGCGAAAAGAUACUUGCAGUUUUUGCGAUAAAAUUGCUGUAGAAAUUUCAGCUCUUCAAAAUGAUUUAUCUGCAACGAUCCCUUCUGUUCAAGACAACGCUUCAAUUAUGCAAAAGAUAAAAGCAAAGGAACUGGAAAAAACACUUCACCUCAAGAAAGCCGAAGAAUUUUAUAAAAUAAAAAGGAAAUUUCGAAAAUUGGCAAAAAAAGAAGUCAAUUUCGAAGCAGUAGCCAUGGACUUCCAGAGAAACUUGCCCGUGCCGAACAUCACCACCAACGAUGCGUACUAUCGACGUCAACUUAAUUUUAUGUCAUUCAAUAUUCAUGUGCUUUCAGACUCUUCUUCAGUGUUUUAUACAUAUGACGAAACUGAGGGUAAAAAAGGAGCCGACGAUGUUUGCUCCAUGUUAAAUCAUUUUGUUUCGACGGUUUUAUCAAAAGAUGUACGGAACCUCGUCAUAUUUUGUGACUUGCUCUGGGCAAAAUAAAAACUUCACGGUAUUCCGUUAUUUGCACUAUCUUGUCCACAGAGUUAAACGAUUUGAAACAGUAAGAGUGGUUUUUCCAAUACGAGGUCACUCAUACAUGGAAUGCGAUCGGAACAUGGCAUACGUCAACACUAAAUCAUAUGUUGAAAUUCCAGAGGAUUGGCGGGAAGUAUUGC